UAGACUCAGACGUAGACUCAGACUUCUCAGACUCUGAGACUCUGGUUCAUCUGUAUCAGGAUGGUAAGAGUCAAAAUGAGAAACAGCAGCAGGAUUAUCAGAACAGAGCUCAUUUCUUCACUGAUCAGAUUCAGCAUGGAAACGUCUCGCUCCGUCUGGACGAUCUGAGAGCUGAAGAUGAGGGACGAUACACAUGUACAGUUUACAAUAAACAGAGAUCUGUGUUUUCAACUGAAGCAAGUUUGGUACCAAGACUGCUUGAUUCAGUCCUCCAUCUUCAUCUGUUUCUAGUCGUCUGUCCAAAUAUGAUCAUGUUCUUUGCUUUUGUCUUCUGGGGUGUUUCUGAGGGAUCUGUGAGUGAGACGGUCUGUUGUUGUGCUCUUUAUUUCCUGAGACCUCUCCUGUUGCUCUGGGCGGCUCUGUAUAUUAAUAAUUUCUCAGUCAAGAUAAAAACAUGGAUUCAGAAUUACAGUUAUGUGGCAGAAUAUGUUGUUUUCUCACUUGUUGUUUAUUCAGCUCUUUUCGCAAGUGCUUGGGAAAGGUUUCUGAAUUAUGCUGUAUUUAGUAAAGUCAUGAUGAUAGUGCUGUUUGUGAUCGUGUUUGUGUGCUGCCUCUGCAAAAUCACUUACAUUUUAGUUUCAGAGGUCUGGAAGAAAACUGGACGGAUAGUUACAAUAUUUGAUCUUGUGGCUGAUAUGACCUUUCAAAUUCUGCCCACUUUACAAUUCAUCCUCCUCUUCUACACGUUUGGAUCCGCCAGAGGAGGGAUAAUCAUGAUUGUGGUUUUACCAGUCUUACUGAUGAUGAUGACAAAUGACAGAUGGAUUAUUAAAUGUGUUUCCACUGAUGGGCUCAACUUAUCACUUUCAGUCAUGAGGACAGUGAUGUUAAUCUUCAUAUUAGUGACGAAUGUACUGAUGAUCGGCCUUUACAUAUUCACUCUGGGCAACAGAACAGAUCCGAUCGGAUGGGGCUGUGUGAUGGUGUUUCUGCAGAUACUCUGGACCGUUAUGUACUUCACAGAUUGGUUUGGUUUGUCUGGAGGUUUCCAGCGUUAUGUGUCUGUGUAUGUGUUUGGAUCAGUGGCUGUAGUUUUACUGAACUCUGCUGCUUUAAUAACUGAACUGAUCCUCAAAACAGUGAACGGUGAUCGUAUGAUGGCAGAUCUGAGGUUCAUCGUCUUUCCUUCUGAAUGUUUGUUUGCUGUAUCUCUGCUGAUUUCUGGAUUCUCAGGAUCCAAGAUCGCAGGCUGUCUGAAGUCUUGUCAGACCAAGAUGAGAUCUACACGAGUCAGAAGAUCAUCCCAGCAGAACCAGAACACAGAGAUGAAUCCUCUGAACGCUUGAGAUCAGGAGCAGAAUCAGCCGGAUUCAGUGCUGGCUCAGACAUGACAGACAGAGAGAUUAUUAUUAUUAUUAUUAUUAUUAUAACACACUGCUGUUUGAUCAGAAUCUCGUGCGUUUACACUGAUCUGCUGAGUUCAGUCUAAUAAUGUUAUUCUCUGUUAAUAUCACUGGUUUUUCACUGUGAGCUCUGUAUUUUCUGUAAAAAAGUGUUC